AUGAGUCUUGAUAUGAUUGAAAAUGAAAAUAUAAAUGAUAAUGAUAUUUUAACGUCGUUAAAUGAUUUAAUUACAGAUAUUAUUAGUCAUGAUCCAAUUCAAAGUGAAAAUGAUACAAGUCAGAAUGAAAAGAUAAGUAAUAAUGAAGCAUGUUGUUCAUCAACCUAUUCACCAAUUAAUCGUCUACCUUGUAUUAAAAUAUCAUUACCUGGUAUACAAUUUAUAACAGAUUGGGAAUUAAAAUCUAUUGAUGCACAGAGAUUAUUAUUAAAAGAUAAUGUUUGGUUGCCGAAUGGUUCUAUUGUUCCAAGUGCAAGUGAUACUCGGUGGGUGUACCAUUGUCAAUUAGCUGAUUUUGAAUGGGUCCAUAUGAUUUCCAUUGUAUCAGCUUUAAUUCAAAUAAAUGAAAAUAACAAAGAUGGUUCUGAUACAGCAAAUGAUUAUGCAACAGGCUUUGCUGAUGAAAAAUUUAUUUAUGAAGUUGGAAUUAUGAAAGUCAUACUAGGACACACUAAAGCGUUUUUAAAACAAACAGAAAGUCGCUCAUUAACAUUCGAAAAAUUUCUACAUGUUAAGAUUCAACCAUUGUUCGUAUUAAAAAAAACGUUAGAUGAAUUUAAUUAUAAUAUUUAUAAACAAAAAAUUAAAGCUUUUCGUAAUGUUUUACCAGUGAUACAACAAACAUUUCAUUCAACAAGAAUUGUAGUUCUAUUGGUAACAACAGUUCUAAUGAUAAUCAUUUAG